CAUUCAGCCAAUCAGAGCUCACGCGGAAGCUGCGUCUGCUCUUUUAGUUUACCACAGUGACGGGUAAAAAUAGAAAGUACCUGUAAACUAGCUGUCCUUUGACGGUUUGUAAAAUGGAGAGUGUUUCUACAAAAGGCAAAGACAACAUGAUAGCUCGAAAACGAAAAAGUAACGUUAGUGAAACGACAAGCGGCAAGAUACCUAAGGAUGAUGUCAGCUCUGAGUCCUGCCUAGAUCAACCAGCUGAUGAAAGUGUUCAUGAAGUCGUAACAUUCGAGCCAUCCACGCUGCCAUUCCACUAUGAUCCUGACACAACGGAGCCCAUCAGCUGCAGUCUGAAGUCUCUCGAUGAGCUGCUGUCAUGGAAAAGAAAUGAAGCAAGUAUAUUUAAUGUGUCCAGUGUGCCACUGGCUAGCAGGUAUCCUCCACUCGAAAGCUGCCCAAGGAGGACACUGGUGUCCCAUGACAUGAUGGGAGGCUAUCUAGAGGACAGGUUCAUUCAAGGUGCAGAGGUAGAGACUCCAUAUGCCUUCUAUCACUGGGAGUAUAUUGACAUCUUUAACUACUUCAGUCAUCAAAUGGUAACCAUUCCUCCUGCGGUCUGGACCAAUGCAGCACACAGGCAUGGAGUACUCUCUAUUGGCACAUUUAUCACAGAAUGGACAGAUGGAGCAAAGACAUGUGAGGCCUUCCUAGCUGAUGAGGAGAGUUACCGCGCAGCUGCUGAUAAGUUGGUUCAGAUUUCCCACUGCUAUGGCUUUGACGGCUGGCUAAUAAACAUAGAAAAUGAGCUGAGUGAGACUGCGGUGAAUAACACUGGCCCCUUUCUGCGCUACCUCACUGACCAGAUGCACGAGCGUGUCCCAGGAAGUGUGGUCAUCUGGUAUGACAGUGUACUGAAAGACGGCAAGCUCCUCUGGCAGAACGAGCUCAAUGACAAUAACAGAAUGUUUUUCGACGCUUGUGAUGGAUUUUUCACAAACUACAACUGGACAGAGCAGAGCCUGGAGGGAAUGAAGUCUUAUGCCGCUGCUCAGGGACGCUUUGCUGACAUCUAUGUCGGUGUAGAUGUGUUUGCAAGAGGCAAGGUGAUCGGAGGGAAAUAUGAGACCAAUAAGGCUCUGGAGCUGAUUCGGAAGUAUGACCUGUCGACAGCCAUCUUUGCUCCUGGUUGGGUGUAUGAAUGUCAUGAAAAGGCAGAUUUUCGGCAAAAUCAAGACAAGUUUUGGAGCUUGCUAUCUGAUUUCCUUUAUAUCCACCGACCAUCAUCCAAUCUUCCGUUUGUUUCCUCAUUUUGUCAAGGAUUUGGGAAGAGCCUGUACUGGAGGGGAAAGGUUGAGACUGAGAGGAGCUGGUUCAAUCUGCACGCUCAGGAGAUCCAGCCUUUGUAUCUCUCGGAGAGCAUCGGGAAUGGCGGCUGGCUGAGGACCCGUGGCUGCUCAGAGGAUGCCUGGAUUGGAGGAAGCUCUCUGAUGCUGGAGGGCAUGAUUCCAUCUGGACUUUCUGACGUCUGUGCGAGGAUAUUUUCUCUCCACGUACCUCUGGCUGCCAGGACGUUUGUUUCUUUCGUCUUCAAGCCACCUGUGGGGGUAAAGGUGUCUUUGGAGCUCAAAACAAUAGAUGGUCCUCUGUGCACAUUUGACGGGACAGAGGAAAUAGCAUCUAGAAGUGUCUUUCCUGAAGCACUAGCUGAGAGCAACCAGUUGGUAGAGCAGUUUGCACAGAAUUGUGGACAGUGGACUUCAGAUGGCUGGGCUACCAGAUGUUUCCUGUUGAAAAUGAUUGGAUGCUCAUUGCGAGAAGUGUGCAUUCGCGUUUCCCGAGAUGGAGGAGAUGAAGACAUCAACUUUAACUGCAGGAUUGGAGAGAUUAUGCUGUUGGAUGCAGAUAAUCUUCAAGCGCCACUGCAGUCUGUUGAAGGCAUCUGUGUCAAUGAUGUGGUGUGGCAGACGGGUGUUUUAAAAGGAGACGGACACACACUGAAGGUACUUUUGAACGCCACCUUGCGAUGGCAAUAUCCAACCCGGCAGGUCCGCCAUUUCCGGAUUCACUGGAGGCACCUGCGUGGUCCUGACCCUCGGAUCCCUUCUGGACCCUUGACUCUGAUCGGCAGGUCUUACUCCACCCUGUACCGCGUGGUGGAGCUGGAGGUUCCUGCUGCUCCGGGUCUCAUAGAGCUGGUGGUGGAGCCUGUGAGUAAAGAGGGGUUCAGCGUCCCAGAAGCCCAGUGGGGCCGACAAACCCUUAGCUACAGCCAGAGUCCUUCAGGCAACCCAUCUCAUUGAUCAUGCAAAGGGAGUUCACCAAAAAAAAAAAAAAUAGCUGAAAUUUGCUCACCUACAGGCCAUCCUUUGUUUAGAAGAACUUUAAUGAAGGCUUUUUUGCCUUUAUUAAGUGGAUAGGACAGUAUUUCAGACAGGAAGCAAAGUGGGAAAGAGAGGAAUUGUCCUCAAGCCGGGAUUCAAACUCGGGACGCUCUGAAGUGCUACUCCACCAUGUGUCAGCCUGCUAACCACUAGGCUGUUGCGCCGACUAAUGAAGGCUCUUAAGCUUAAAAUCUGGUUCUUGAUGAUUCACAAAAUAGAAGUCAAUGGCUACCAGCAAUAAAAAAAACAUGAGUAAAAAAUAAGAAAAACAUCAGAUCUGUGCAAGAAACUAAUCAUUAUUUACAAAAGGAGCACAGUUUUAGCUAAAAAUAUUCUUUAAUGUUGCACUGUAUAAAACCUACAUCUUUAAUGGCCUGAGGGUAAGAAAACGAGCAGCCAUUUUUAUUUUUUGGGUGAAUCAUUGAUUUAUAUGCAGCUUUUGAUUUGAAGUUAUUAUAUAUUUAUAUGCAGUGGAGUGCAUCAUGCAUUGGUGCUUAUGGUGAAACUGUAUGCAGUAUUUCAUGAAUGACUGAAGUUGUUUAUUUUGAGUGCUUAAGCAUGAAGGAGCAGCUGUGUGAAAUACCAUUUACUGGUUAAAUAGGACCAAAGUGGUCUUUUGUUUUUAAUCACACAUACACUCUAAUUUUUAGGUGCAUGAUUUAACAAUUUAAUCAUAAAAAGCAUGUGAACAUUAUU